UACAUCAUAAAAAAAUAACAAAAUAAACAAAAAUUAAAAAAUGUCUGGAGACCCUAAAGUAUCUUUAAUUGAUUUAUCGAAGCAAUUCCGUUUUGAGAUAGACGACUCGAUAAAAGAAAAAAUAUGUUUUGGCGAGACGCUUCUAAUAGGGUGUGGUCAUUUUGAGGGCCAAGCUGACGAUGAUUCUGAUUCUGAAAGGUCUUGUCGCUCAACUACUGACAGCGAGCCUGAGAAGACCGAUUUAAAAAAACCGGAACACGAAUACGAAAUUAAAGAGAGUGUAGAGGUGGAAUCUGAUAAAAAAUCACAAUCAGACGACGAACAUGAUUUUCACACGUUUUUUUUUCCGGACUGUUCCAAGCCUUUACCACCUACAAACAGUAAAGCAAGUGUCAUUAUGGGUCCGGAUGGAAUGCCACAAGUAAAUACAGAUGUACGACAAGGCAUAGAGUUUUGUGUUUGUCAACAAGAUUCAAAAACGAUGGAAUGCAAAUGUAUUACGAAGAUACCAUGCAGUUGCGGUGCAGAAGUAUUACGUGAAUGCAUUUGUGCAAAGUCAGCAGGAAUCUGUAUAUGCCACGAAGGUGACCCAAAGCCAGAGUGCACUUGUAAACCUAGUAAGACCUGCGUGUGUAAUCCGGAUGAUAAAGUUAGACCGGAUUGCCCAUGCGACAACGUUAUUCCCUGUGUUUGCGAUACUACAAGACUCAACCCUUAUCCAGUAUGCACAUGCAAGCAUAAACCAGGACACGGCAUGGAUGACGAAAGUUUUGGUAGCUUCGAAGGAGCUGAAUCAGAACAUCAUGCAGUGAAAGAUGAAACAAUACCAUGCGAUUGCCAAAAACCAAUGCCAAAAAAGCGUUGUCUUUGUUUAAAGGGUCAAACUUGUACAUGUGAUAUAGUUUGUGUUUGUGACAUUCGAAAAACGUGUGUUUGUGACUCGGAAGACGGUGAACCCGUUAAAUGUGAAAGUCAAGAAUCGAAAUCAAUUUGUAGCUGCCCUGUUCCACAGAUGUGUACUUGUGAUGCGGAACAAGGUGGGAUCUGUAAAUGUUUUCCAGAACCGAAGCCCACUCAGUGCACCUGCGGGAAUCCUGAAAAUUGUAAAUGCUUUUCUGUUUGUGAGUGCACACCUCCUUGUAUUUGUGACAUCCAGACCAAGAAGCUAUUAGAAUGUACAUGUGCAGAAACAAAUUCGAUAGAUUGCACAUGCCACCCGAAAUCGAUAGAUCUUUCAUCAUUAAAGCUAAAGAAGAGUAGAGCUGGGAAACAUAAUUAUAGAUGGUGCCAUGACGUGGAUCCCCGUCAUACAUAUUUUGAUUAUGAAUAUGGACGACAUGAUAAAAUAUCACAUAAAGAAGAAAAGAGAGAAAAAUUAAAAAUUUUGGGAUUACAUGAAGAAAAACGAGGAACUGAAAUGAGUGCUGCUGAUAUUGAAAUUGAUGCUCCUGAAUACAAGAAGUAUGUUAGAAAGCCAUCUAUAGAUUGCUGCAGUACUCUCGGGGGUAUGAGUAUUAACGUCGAAUGUCUCGGCGAAAGCAAGGAUAAAUUUCUCGUACAAGUCACUUCGCAUUUCUCAAAAGAAGGAGCUAAAGCUGGAACUAAACUAGUCAGCAUUUUGGAUUGCAAUCUGCACACCAUGGAGGAGAAUAGGACAGAAAACAUUCAAAAGAAGGAUACGAUAAAGGAACGCAAGAGUUACAUGGCGAUAUGUGAUACCGGAUACUAUAAUAAGAUAACGAAAGUUUGUGGAGACCGACACGUCGUUAAGCGGUUCUAUCACAGCUUUGAAGACGCCCAUUCGUUCUUGCUUGAAGGCGCUAACAUUGUCCUAUUGAGAUACUUUGCGCUUGCCCGAUAUAGGGGUAAAAUAAAAACUGACACUGUGUUGAUGGAUGGCUUGGUCUGCGAAAGCAUAUACGUUUGCCAUGGUGUGAGUCAAGCCAUCGUCAAUGGCAAGUCGAUGUUCGUUUGUAAAGUCGAACGGCAUAUCAUUGAGGCGUCUGGAAUUGUUCAUCAGACAUUGACGGUACUCUCUCUCAGAGGUUAUUUAAUAUGCCAUGAGUGGGCAGAUAGUAAUUACAUCGUUCACAUUAAUCCGCUUUUAAAAACUACGCCAGAGAAGGAUUUGAUUGAGGAGCACCAACCUCUGCGUAAAUAUUGGCGUGAAGACUUACAGCUUUUGUCAGAUUACCUAGACUUUAAGAGCGCGCGGUCAUCAGAGGGCGCUCGCUACACGUCCGAGUCCAGUGCACUCACCAACGCUGUGCGCGACUACCUGCAAGCCGUACUGACGCUGCGCCCCCAGGACGCCAUCCACUUCACGAGGCACUACUUCAAAGCUACACUCUCUUCUCUUGAUCUGCCGCAUAACGACUACUUCGAUGCCAGCACCAAACACGUCAGAUACUUCUAUUUCGAAGAUUAGACUUUUUGAUUGUUUAUUUGAUAGGUAGGUGUAUAAAUUUUAGAAUUAUAUCC